GGGUGCAUGCUCAGAGGUGGAGAUGGAAUCAUGCAAACAUAGAUCAAGAAACCACGCAAUGGGGAGCAGCAAGAGAGUGCCCCCGUACCUUCUGCUGGUGCUGCUGGCCGUCGGAGCCGCCGCGGUGAGCGUCGGCAUCCUGCACAAGAUGAGGGAGCGCCGCGUCCUUGCUGUCCUCCUCCAGGAACGCGACCAGCAGCUCAUCUCCUUCCAAGUCCUCCUCGAGAAAGAAAAGGAAAUUAACAAAGAGAUGAGGAGGAAAGUGGACGAACUGGAAGCCAAAACAUCUGUCCUAAGUAUUGAGAGGGCAGAAUUGAAAAACAAGCUCAUGGAUUCAGAAACUACCACGACAUAUCUUACCAACACGCAGAAAGAAUUGGAAGCAGCUCUUGUGGAGAAAGAGAGCCAUAUCAACCAAAUAAAAGAGAAUGCAGUUGCUUCAAACCCAGAUCAGACGAUAACUAUAAAGGAACUCCUGCAGCAGAAAGAAGCUGAGCCUGAUCUUGACAAAUCCGAAAAUUCCAGUGAUCCCAUUCCUGCUACAGUAGAAGAUAAUUCCAACAAUACUACAAUAUCAGAGAGCAGCCACAAUGAUGAGAGCAUUGUAGUGGGAGCAAACACUGAAAAUGCAACUUCUGAAACCGUGGUAGACAAAUCUGAAAACUCCAACGAUUCCAUGCCUGCUCCAGAAAAAGAAAAUUCAAGCAACACUAAUGCAUCAGAUAGCAGCCACCAGAAUGAGAACAUUAUAGUGGAAGCAAAAGAAGAUAAUGAAACUUCUGACCUUGUGGUACUCGACAAAUCUGAAAGCACCAAUGGUUCUGUACCUGUUACUGCAGAAGAACAAAAUUCCUACAACACCACUGCAUGGGAGAGCAACCAACAAGAUAACAGUUCCUCACAAGAACAGUUCUUAAAGUUAACAACCAACAUAGAAGAUGGCCAGUUUCAACAGAACAAAGGUGAUGCCAAUGAGCAAUCAGAUGAUGCUUCAGAGGGAAGCCAUUUAGAUAGAUCUGAGCUUCAGCGGGGGAACCAAAAACUGAUAGACAACCAGGAAGCCAGCAAAGAAGAACCGGAUGGCACAAGACAGGUGGAAGAUCCUCAAGGCGAGGCCAGCAACCACGGCAGAGAAAGUAAAGUGCUCGAGAAGGAAAAUGAGAAAGAAAGAAAUCCUGAGGGCACGAGCUCAGUGGACACCUUGAGCGAAGCCAACCAAAACAAAACACAAGCAGUGGAACCUGUUGUCGACCCAACAGAUGUAAACCCCAGCACAUCCACAAAUAACGAGGAGAGAAGAGAAACAAGGAAGAGACGUAGAAGGAGAAGGUCCAGAUCUAGAAGGAAUAGGAAGGCCGCUGUUGAGGAUGCAAACAUACUUGAUGUGUUUGUCUCCAGGGUGCGGCAAGCCUACCUCUUUUACCUUGACUAUGCAAAGUUGGCUGGUUUUAGUGUCAGGACAAAGAGGUGUAAUUGCAACUGCUGGUGUGGUGUGAUUGCAACCCCGCAUUAGGUGUGAUUGCAACUGUUGUAUAAUUCUACUCAAAUAUCUGUUAAAAAAUGUAAACAAAAUGAUUGCAACUGCUGGUGUGUUGUAAUUGAAACUACUGGUGUGGUGUGGAUGCAACUGCUGAGUUGCUCUGAUGUGAUUGCAAGUACUGAAUAACUCUGGGAAAUUUUGUUAAAAAA